CCACAUGUUCUUCGGUGAUUGAUAAUAAGCAUCCGCGCCAAACAUGAUUUCUUUAGAAAUGCACUUUACCUAUUUUUUUUUUUCUUGGAACGCAAGUAACGUAAUUUUAUUGACAUCAGUAACUGUAAUCAAAUUACAUAAAUUUAAAAUGUAAUGCGUUACAUUACUGCGUUAUCAGGAAAAGUAAUUAGACUACAGUAACGCGUUAUACCCAACUCUGUACAUCACCAUACUCUAAAGGAGGCCAAAGAAAGGCCUACUACUCCAGAACACACGGGUGCUUGCCUGUGGCAGUAUUAGAGUUACUGAGCUCACAAUUAGUUAUCCCCAAAAAAAAAAAAAAAACACACACACACAAAACAAAAACUAAAAAAACACACAUUCUGCUCUUGUGCCAGCUAGUAAGAGAAAAUUAAACACUCAAUAAUAUGUGCGGUCACCCACUGGGGGAAAAUAGAAUAAAAAUAUUAUUUUCAGUUGAGCAGGGUGGUAUCUAUUUCCAUAUACUCAAAAGAGCCCCACUUUUUAUAAAAGUUCUUGGAAUAAGUCAAAAUAAGUGACUUAUUCAGAAUAAGUGAAAUAUCUCUGUAAUUCACAUUAAGUGGGUAGGCGACACAGUUAGGACAUUUAAGUUUAAAAGAAGUUUACAGAUAUUUUCUUUUAACCUUAAAACACAAUACAAUCUAAUGCGUAAUUCAGAAUACAGCUAAAACAUCUGUGAAAAAUCAAUACUGAAAAUUCAUUAACACAGUACAUCGCGCCCUAUUUUUAUGAAUUUUUCUAAGAGUGUGCAAAUAUGAACCAGGUGUGUGCAUGUAUUCAUCAAUCCAAUAUAGUUCAUCUUGAUCAUGACCUGCCAACCCCUUGAUUCAAAACAUUAUUUUAAUCAAAUUAAAUUUUUACAUUUUAAAUAAAUGAAUUUCAUUUUCAUUUUAAAUAUUGUGGGUGCUCAUCGGUAGGCCUACUAAAAACAUGAACUUUUAUAUGAGGUGUUUUAAAGGUUUGUCUUCUGGUUACAUGCUUCUUUGAAACAUCUUAUUUCCUGCUUUUUUCUGUGUCAAACCAUAUCACAAUUUUUUUUUGUGGCAAUAAAACAACAUAUGAAACUCAUAGUUUUGAGUGAGGCCAACUUUAACUGCUAAAAACUGGGUAACUAAGCAGUAGUAUUUAUAAUAUAUAAAAAGUUUUUUGGAGCAAUGGAAAGAUGGUUGGGUUAGACAUAUUUUUAGCCAUCUUGAUGUGGCCAGGGGUGUGAAAGCAGAAAAGUAAAGGUGAAAGUGCACAUGUUCCUCAGUUAUCUAAAGCAAAGACCGAAGGAGCACAUGGUAAAGACACAGUCAAGUGAUCUACCCUUCUUUAUCUUGUGUGAUAGUGUGCUCAUUUGUUCACUUUUUCAGGGGAAUUGAAAGCCUGAGGAUAAUUUUGGAAUUCGACUGAUCAUGAGAUAUUACUUCAUUCUUUUGCUUUCCUCAACAAUAUUCUGCUUUACUGAUGUGGACGUUGUUCAGGAUGAUAUAAAAAUAGUUCAAGCUGGAGAAGAUGUGAAUCUUACUUGCAACUUUUCAGAGCUUCUGGACUCAACAGUGUGGUUUAAACAGACGGCUGAAGGAAAAUCCUUACAAAUUGUGUAUUUAUAUCUUGAACAAACCACCUGGAAUAAGAACUUUACGAAAAUGAAUCGUUUUAAUGUUAUCAGAGGAAAUUAUCAUUUUAAUCUGACCAUUUUAAAAACAAACCCUUCAGACUCAGCAACAUAUUACUGUGUAGUCGCAGCAUAUUGGAAAAUUGGAAUGGGUGCAGGAACUAGAUUAAUUGUCAGAGAUGCAGCCGUACCGCAAACAACUAUUCAGCAGUCUUUGAUAGAUUCAGUUCAUCCGGGGGAUUCUGUGAAUUUGCAGUGCAGCAUCUUCACUGAGAGUUGUGCAGGAGAACACAGCGUCUACUGGUUCAGACAAAGCUCAGGAGACUCUCAAGGAGUCCUUUACACCAAAGGAGAGAGAAAUGGUCAGUGUAAUAAGAACAGUGAGUCUCAAACGCAGAGCUGCGUCUACAAUCUCCUCAAGAGCAACAUCAGCCACUCUGACACUGGGAUUUACUACUGCGCUGUGGCCGCAUGUGGAGAGAUACUGUUUGGAAAAGGAACUCGACUAAAUUAUAGAGUGAGUGGUGAUGAGAAUCUAACUAUUGCUCUUGGAAUUUUAAACAUCAUAUUUUUGGCUCUUGUUGUUUGUCUGGGAAUAAAACUAUGCAGGGGUCAAAAUAAAGUGUCCACGCCUCAAGAGAGUCAAAAUGAAGACACCAUGACUUAUGCAGCCAUUAGUUUUGCUCAGAAACCUCUGAACUCUAGAAGAACCAAAUCAAAGAUCAUUCAGGAUCAAUCUCUGUACGCUCAGGUCAGAUCACAGCAGUAACAUCCAGAGCUUUAGAGGAGCAUUUACCUUCUACACAAAUAUUUUCAUUAUGAUCUUAUAACAAUUUGAGGUAAAUACAUUUAAUUUAGUUGAAUAAUUUUGGUCAUUUUUACUGUUUAAUUAGUUUAUUGGUUUUCUUUGUUUUUUUUUUGUUUGUUUUUUAUGUUUUGUUGUCUGUUUUGAAAAUGAUAUUUGCCCUUUAACUGUGCAGCACUUUGGUUAGCCUUGUUGUUGUUAUUAAUGUGCUUUAAAAAUUAAAUAAAAUAACUUUAACUUGAUCUUGAAUCUAUAAUGCCUUUAAGGAUCAUGUCCUUUAUAUGAAGUAAGUGUUAAAAUGAAUGGUCUGAAAUAACCUCAAAUAACAGUAUAGCUAACAAUGUCAUCACAAUACGGACUGCAUGCUGAUAGCUGUCGGUGGCCAUAUUUUAAUGUAUUUAUAUUUUAAAGUGUUACUUUGGCUUAAUUUGUACUGUGAAUUGAUAGCUAUGAAUUUGUUAGGCAUAGUAAGGAUAAGGAUAAUUGUAAAAGUAGAAAAGUCUAUUCUUUGUAAAUUAAUGCAUGUAUGUUAGACUGUGUUCUUUUUGAGCAACUUUGUAAUUUUGUGUUAUGAAAUGUUCCAUUUUACAGUUUCCUUAUGAAUCACUUGUGUGUAUGCUUCAUUUGCAUCUGUUAAAUUAAUAGCCUGCUUAUGUGCAUGUGCAUUUGUUGGUGGUUUGUUUUUUGUUACAUUGCAUUGCUUUGCUUUUAUUCUGUUAACUCAAAUGAUGGAUCCUGGUGCGUGUAUAAUGUAUACUUCCUCUGUGCUGAAAUUUCUUGACCCAUCUAGUAUAUUCCUUCUAGUAAAUAGCCCUGUGUUUCUGCCAUUUUGGGGUGAAAGCAAGUCGGCAGUCCACUAGUUUCUAUGGCAAUAUCAGCUGCUUUGUUUAAAAAAAACAUACAUUAAAGCUGAAAUCCAACCUGAAU